ACCGAGGGAGGAGCCCGGGACCGCAUGCGCAGAUGCGCCCCUGAGCCAGCAUGGCUGCCCCCAAGCACUGGCGCACGGCGCUGGAGCGGGUCGAGAAGUUCCUCUCCGAGACCUACUUCACGGACUGCAACCUGCGGGGCAGGCUGUUUGGGGAUCGCUGCCCCCCCGCAUCCCUCUCGUACUUCCAGACCCCCCGGCGCAUCCCGUAUGAUGAGGCGGUGAGGCAGGAAUUCAAACUGGCUCAAGUCGGGGACUCCUUCGGACCCACGUGGGAGACGUGCUGGUUUAAGGUGGAGCUGAGCAUCCCACCGGCAUGGGCAGGGCGGGAAGUGCACUUUGUCUGGGAGAGCGAUGGGGAGGGCAUGGUGUGGCGAGAUGCCCAGCCUGUCCAGGGUCUGACUAAGGAAGGCGAGAAGACCAGCUACAUCCUGACAAGCAGCAUGAAAGAGACUGAGCCCCACAGCCUCACACUGUACGUGGAGCUGGCCUGUAACGGGCUCUUUGGGGCUGGCAAGGGCAGCAUGAUCGCCCCUCCAGACCCUGACAGGAGGUUCACCCUUAGCAAGGCUGAGCUCGUGGUCUUCAACAGAGAUGUCUAUGAACUGCUGGUGGAUCUAGAAAUACUGCUGGACAUGGCCCAGCUCCUCGGGGAGGAAAACCAGCGGAGUUCCCAGGCGCUGUGUGCUGCCAACCAGAUGGUGAAUGUGUGUGACGUGACCGACCCCUCCACCUUCCCUGCUGCCCGUGCCCUGGCUGCUGCCAUCUUCAGCCAGAGGAAUGGCGAGAGCCAGCACAGCAUUCACGCCAUGGGUCACUGCCACAUCGACUCUGCCUGGCUGUGGCCGUAUGAGGAGACCAUCCGUAAGUGUGCUCGGAGCUGGGUCACCGUGGUCCGUCUGAUGGAGCGCAAUCCAGAGCUCACCUUCGCCUGCUCCCAGGCCCAGCAGUUUGAGUGGGUGCGGAGCUGGUACCCAGGGCUCUACGAGCAGAUUCAGGACUUCGUGGCGAAGGGGCAGUUCAUUCCUGUUGGAGGUACCUGGGUGGAAAUGGAUGGGAACCUGCCCAGCGGUGAGUCCAUGGUGCGGCAGUUCCUCCAGGGACAGCGCUUCUUCCAACAGCAGUUUGGCCGGGUCUGCUCCGAGUUCUGGCUGCCAGACACGUUUGGGUACUCAGCCCAGCUGCCCCAGCUGAUGCAGGGCUGUGGGAUCAGGCGGUUCCUCACACAGAAGCUCAGCUGGAACCUGGUGAACAGCUUCCCGCAUCACACCUUUUUCUGGGAAGGCAUCGAUGGCUCCCGAGUCCUGACCCAUUUCCCCCCUGGAGACUCCUAUGGGAUGCACGGGAGAGUGGAGGAGAUGCUGAAAACAGUGAAGAACAACAAGGACAAAGGACGUGUGAACCACAGCGCUUUUCUCUUUGGCUUUGGGGAUGGAGGAGGGGGCCCCACGCAAAAGAUGCUGGACAGAAUGAAGAGAAUGAGUGACACAGAUGGGCUGCCAAGGGUUCAGAUCUCCACUCCCGACCAGCUCUUUUCUGCCCUGGAGAAGGAGUCAUCGCAGCUGUACACAUGGGUGGGAGAGCUCUUCCUGGAGCUGCACAAUGGCACCUACACCAGCCAGGCCCAGAUAAAAAAGGGAAAUCGGGAGUGCGAGCGGAUACUCCAUGACGUUGAAGUGCUCAGCGCCUUGGCUAUGGCACAGGACUGUGGGUUCCAGUAUCCUGCCAGCCAGCUGCAGCGGCUCUGGAGGUGCGGGACUGCAGGAUGCAGUGCUGUGUUAUUACUGCUCAACCAAUUCCAUGAUGUUUUGCCAGGCAGCUGUAUCCAGCUUGUGGUUGAGGAUGCUCUGGAGUACUACGCAGAGAUCCGCAGGGUUGGUGCUGGGCUGCAGCAGGAAGCUGUGCAGUCCUUGUGCAGGGAGCUGCUGGAGCCUGAAGCAGGGAAUGCCGGGAGCACCCUCGUGCUGAACACUUUGCCCUGGGAACGGACCGAGGUGAUCUCCAGAGCUGGGGCAGCUGGAACAGAGACUUUGGUUCUGGUGACAGUCCCCAGCAUGGGCUAUGCUGUAGUGAGGGAGCCGUUGCUGUCCCCUCAGCCUGUGGUAGUGAGGAAACGGGAGGACGGGUCCAUUGCCAUGGAGAAUGGGGUGAUUGCAGCCUGCCUGGAUGUGAUGGGGCGCCUGACCUCCCUUCAGCUGCUGGACUCCCAGAGAGAGUCAGUCCCAGAUGGCUGCUGUGCCAACCAGUUUGCCCUCUUUGAUGAUGUCCCCCUGUACUGGGAUGCCUGGGAUGUGAUGGAUUACUACUUGGAAACCAGGAAGCCGGUGACAACGCUGCUGAAGCCUCUGGAGAUCACCCUGGCUGGGGGCCUGCGGGGAAGUGUCAGCUUCUCUCUGCAGAUAGGGAAAAGCAGCACCUUGACCCAGGAGAUUAUCUUGGAUGCCACAUGUCCCUACCUCCGCUUUCUGACCCAGGUUGAAUGGAAAGAGGCUCACAAGUUCCUGAAGGUGGAGUUCCCUGUGCAGGUCCGGAGCACAAAUGCCACCUACGAGAUCCAGUUUGGGCACUUGCAGCGGCCAACGCACUGGAACACGUCCUGGGACUGGGCUCGAUUUGAGGUGUGGGCUCACAAGUGGCUGGAUCUCUCUGAGCAUGGCUUUGGGGUGACUCUGCUGAACGACUGCAAGUAUGGGGCAUCGGCCCACGGCAACAUCCUCAGCCUCUCGCUGCUGAGAGCACCCAAGUCCCCCGAUGCCACAGCAGACAUGGGCCACCACCAGUUCACCUACGCUGUGAUGCCUCACCUGGGUUCCUUCCAGGACGCUGGUGUGAUCCAGCACGCCUACAGCUUGAACUGCCCCCUGCACACGGUGCCCACCCGCUCUGCCCCGAGCCCUCCUUGGAGUGCCUUUUCUGUCAGCUCCCCUGCCGUGGUGCUGGAGACCGUCAAGCAGGCUGAGGACAGACCGGGAGCCAUAGUGGUCCGGCUGUAUGAGGCACAUGGCAGCACGGUCAUCGCCUGGCUGCAGACCUCCCUGCCUGUUGAGGAGGCAAUACUCUGUGACCUCCUGGAGCGGCCAGUGGGAGCAGAACGCCUGCAGCUGGAGCAGCAGGGCCUGAGGCUCUCCUUCACCCCCUUCCGUGUGCUCUCCCUCCUCUUGAUCUUGAGGCAGUGAGUGACAGCAUCCAUCACCCUUGUGGCAAUGUGGACCAACACCGUGAGCUCAGAUCCCAGCCUGAGGCUCCCCCAGUCCCAAGGAGGUGGCAGCACCAAAUUCUCACCGUUGCUGCCCGCAUCCAGCCUCAAGAAUAACCCUGGUCUUCAGCCCAGGACACUUGUCCCAUGCCAGCUCCACAGCUGCAGUGUGGGUAAGGCUGUGGGACAGGCUGGCUGGUCCCGCACAGGCACUGCUCCAACCCCGGUGGGGCUGGGGAGUAGCAGCUUUCCAGUGUCUCAGCCUUCCUCUUGUCCAGACCCUUGUAGCAAGCACAAAUACACGUUUGAGUCAUUCCCUUCUCCCUUCACCUGCCCCUUGCACUGGCCCUUGGAGAAGGGGAGCACAAAUUACUUGAAAGCAAGCUCCA